AUGACUCGAAGGGCAACGCUUUUGCUGCUUCUUCCUGUCAGAGUUGCAGCUGACAUGAAUCCGGGGGAUAUGGCUGACACGUACUUCGGUUCCAUGAGUUCUCCCAACACCCUGGGUGCAUGCGAACAUGGUGAGGUGCAGGAAUGCUGUCCCCACUCGCAGUGCAUUCCAGGCCUGGAAAUGCUUAGCGGCUGUGACCAAGCACGUGGCCAGACGACCUGUGUCGCAUCGAAGGUAUCUGAGGCGUGGCCGCUGAAGAAUGGCAUUUGCAGAUGUGAAACGGGCCAAUCGUGUGCGACUGGCAGAUGUGCCAACUCAAACUUCACGCUGAAGCCCUUGCCACCCAUUCACCCGCACACGCUCGCGCUCUUUGAGAAGCAGCAGGUGUCGUGGUACUGGAAUGCUGCUGCAGCAAAUCUUUCACUGGUUGUGGCAG